UUCACCGGUAGUGGAAUCCUAAUAGUGUUAUUAGUUUUUUCAUAUUCCCACUUUCCACUACCGAUCUAGCUUAUCACCGGUAGUGGAAUCCUAAUAGUGUUAAUUAUAUUUUUCAUUCUUCCCAAUUUCCCUCAUUCUGCAAACGCGAAGAAGAACACACUCUCCAAUCCAAUCGUCCCAAUUCUAGUUCUCCCUAAUUUGUUCCUCAAAUCGUCCCAAUUUCUUCAAAUCAAACACUCUCCAAUCGUUCUCCAAUCAUUCUCCAAUCUCUCCAAUCUCCAAUCGUCCCAAUUUCAUUCGCGGUUUCAUUCUCCAAACCCUAGACGGAACGACGAACCUGCAAACGCUUAAUCGCCUCCAAAUCUCUUCGUUUUCAUUCGGUAAAGGGGCUGGUGUUGCUGUUUUUUGGUGUUGUCCUCUUUGUUUGAAGUUAGAAGGUUCAAUCACGGUCUCAUCUACAGGUAUGGACCGUAGUUGGAUGAGAGCUAAUCGAUUAAGUACUGAGUACAGACAUGGAGUGAUGGAAUUUCUACAGUUUGCGGAAAGUAAUGCUGAACUAGAACGUCCUCCUCCUGAAUUUCCUCCACUUUUUCUAUGUCCGUGUAUAAAUUGUGCAAAUAAAGAACCAAAACGUACUAAGAAAGAAAUCAUGAAUCAUCUAAUUUGUGACGGGAUUUGUCAAAAUUAUACACAAUGGAUAUGGCACGGUGAAGUAGUAGCAACGCCAAGUGUGUCCCAUAGAGAAAGUGGUAGUGUGGAUAUCGAUGAUCGACUAGAAGACAUGAUGCGUGAUAUUGGAGAAGAUUCGUUUAAGAGGGCGCAUGUGUAUGAAACUUUAUGCAGUGACAAGGAUGAACCAUUGUAUCCGGGAUGCACAAAUUUUACCCGUUUGUCUGCGGUGUUAAAAUUGUUUAAUUUGAAAGCAAAAAAUGGGUGGACCGACAAAAGUUUCACUGAAUUGCUUGAAUUGUUGAUACAAAUGCUUCCAGAAGGUAAUGUAAUGCCAAAUCGUUAUUACGAGGCGAAAAAAGUAUUGUGUCCAAUGGGUUUGGAGUAUGAAAAGAUACAUGCAUGCCCUAAUGAUUGUAUAUUAUACCGAAAAGAGUUUGUAAACUAUAAUCAUUGUCCGACAUGUAAGGCGUCUCGCUACAAAAAGAAAGAUGGUGAUUCUAGUGAUGAUGAGGUGACCAAAACGGGUCCUCCCGCGAAAGUCGUAUGGUACCUACCAAUAAUUUCAAGGUUCAAGAGAUUGUUUGCUAAUGCAAAUGACGCAAAGAAUCUUAGAUGGCAUGCAGAAGAGAGAAAAUGUGAUGGCCAAAUUCGCCAUGUAGCUGAUUCUUUGCAAUGGAAGAAAAUUGACUCUUUGUUUCCAAAUUUUGGCAAAGAGUCGAGAAACCUUAGACUUGGACUUGCUACUGAUGGAAUGAAUCCGUUUGGUAAUCAAAGUACUAACCAUAGUUCAUGGCCUGUUCUCCUGAUGAUUUACAACCUAUCUCCUUGGUUGUGCAUGAAGCGUAAAUAUAUUAUGUUAUCGAUGAUGAUUUCAGGCCCAAGACAACCAGGAAAUGACAUAGAUGUUUAUCUAAGUCCACUAAUUGAUGAUUUGAAAGUGUUGUGGGAGGAAGGAGUGGAUGUUUUUGAUUCGUAUUCUGGUGAACAGUUCAACAUGCGUGCCAUGUUGUUUUGCACCAUCAACGACUUUCCGGCAUACGGCAAUUUGUCUGGGUAUUCCGUUAAAGGGCAUAAUGCGUGUCCCAUAUGUGAAAAAAAAACAUGUUAUAAGCAACUGAAAAAUGGAAAGAAGACUGUUUAUCUUGGCCACCGAAAAUUUCUAAAUCGUUAUCAUCCAUAUCGUAGAUUGCGAAAAGCUUUUGACGGAGACCAAGAGAAUGGUGUUGCUCCAACGCCCUUAACUGGAGAGGAAGUUUAUGAACGACAACGAGACAUUAAUGUUGUCUUCGGAAAGUGCCAAAAGCCAAAAGGGAGAGUGCCAAAAGCGAAAGUGCCAAAAGCCGAAAGUGAAAGUGUCAAAAGGAAAAAGCAGCCUGUUGUGAAAAGUAUAUGGAAAAAGAGGUCAGUGUUCUUUGAUCUUCCAUAUUGGUCUAGUCUUGAUGUAAGACAUUGUAUUGAUGUGAUGCACGUGGAGAAAAAUGUAUGUGAUAGUGUAAUUGGAACACUUCUCGACAUUAAAGGCAAGACAAAAGAUGGUGCACAUGCUCGUCUUGAUAUGGAUUUGAUGGGUAUACGACAAGAGUUAAUACCACAAAAAAUCAAUGACAAGACAUAUUUGCCUCCCGCGUGUCACACUUUGUCUAAAGACGAGAAAACAAGUUUUUGCAAGUGUUUACAAAGUAUCAAAGUGCCACAUGGUUACUCGUCAAAUGUCAAGAGCCUUGUAUCAAUGAAAGAUCUCAAAUUAAUCGGCUUAAAAUCUCAUGAUUGUCAUGUCUUGAUGCAACAACUACUACCUGUGGCUAUUCGUGGGAUAUUGCCCGAUAAUGUUAGGAAAGCUAUAUGCAGGUUGUGCUUAUUCUUCAAUGCAAUAUGUUGUAAAGCAAUUGAUCCAUUGAAGUUAGACGAGUUGGAAAACGAAGCUGCAGUUAUCUUGUGUCAAUUGGAGAUGUAUUUUCCUCCUUCAUUUUUUGACAUUAUGGUUCAUUUGAUUGUUCAUCUAGUAAGGGAGAUUAGAUUGUGUGGCCCAAUUUAUUUACGGUGGAUGUAUCCAAUAGAGCGAUACAUGAAGAUCCUAAAAGGGUAUACAAAAAACCCACACCGUCCGGAAGCUUCGAUUGUUGAGAGGUACAUUGCAGAAGAAGCUAUUGAGUUUUGUUCAAACUAUUUGUCAGAAGUGGAUGCUAUAGGGGUUCCCAAGUCUCGUCAUGAUGGAAGAUGUGACGGUGUGGGCACGCAAGGUUUAAAUGUCAAGAGCAUGCAUAUUGAUAUAAUUCUUCAAGCGCAUUUGUAUAUAUUGAAUAACACUGAUGAAGUUCAACCUUACUUGUCUGCUCACAAAAGCAUCAUAAAGAAAAUGCACGAUAAGAUGAAUGAAAAUGCGAGGAAACAAUAUAAUUCAAAUGACUGUGGAUACUAUGUAAUGAAAAAUAUGUUGGACAUUGUCACUGCUAAGAUAACUGAUUCUUGGAUGGAGGGUGAUGAGGAAUUGGUUAUUAGCUUUAGUUUGAGUCUUGGAAGCAGAUCAGGUGAUGGAAUUGGUAAUUUGGCUCGGGUGCAUCCCACUGUUUUGGACUUGCUGUUUUGGACUGUCAUGGAAUUGGUAGUUUGA